AGAUGGAAUAAUCACAAAACUACAUGAUUAUGAUUGUAGAAAUUGUCAUUUUCCGAUAAGAUUAAUAAAGGCCAAGGAAAGCUACCUUAAUAUUUAAAAGUCAAAGAACCAAUCAUCUUGCUGGUAUACCUUGACCCGGCAGCAAUAAAAAUGUAUAACUAUCAAGAACACUUCACUAUUUCACACAUAAUUACCUCAAAGACUUGUAAUAUAUCAACAUUUGGCAGCAGCCUUGGCCCCUUUUGGUUUGCAUAGCAAGAAUUGUACCUCUAUAUAACAAGAGAGUUCAGUAGCCUCUGCAAAGCAAGAAUCAGCAAAUGGCAGGUGAGGGAGUGAAAUUGCUUGGAUACUGGGCAAGCCCUUUUUCUCUAAGGGUUCAUUGGGCUCUGAAACUUAAAGGGAUUGAAUAUGAUUACCAAGAAGAACAUCUCCCAAACAAAAGUCUUUUGCUCUUGCAGUAUAAUCCAGUUCAUAAAAAGAUUCCAGUUCUGGUUCAUAAUGGGAAACCUAUUGCAGAAUCAUUAGUCAUACUUGAAUACAUCGACGAGACUUGGAAGCAAAAUCCCCUCCUGCCUGAAGAUCCUUAUGAAAGAGCCAAAGCACGAUUCUGGGCAAAAUUUAUUGAUGACAAGUGUGUGCCAGGAAUAUUUGGUACUUUCUCCAAGGUCGGAGAGGAGCAGCAGAAGAUAGCAAAAGAAGCUCGCGAGAACUUGAAACUUUUAGAGCGCGAACUAGACAAGAAACACUUUUUUGCAGAUACAAAGAUAGGCUUCAUUGAUGUUGCAUCUGCUUGGAUCAUUUGCUGGGCUCAGAUUGUUGAGGAGAUUGUUGAUAUCAAACUUAUUGAUGCAGACGAAAUGCCUUCACUCGUUGCAUGGUUUGAAAAUGUCCUCGAAGCUGCUCCUGUUCUGAAAGAGUGUACACCACCCAAAGACAAACUGUUAGAGCAUAACAAAGGAUUUCACAAGAUGUUGGUUGCUUCAGCGUCACCUUGAAAUUUAAAAUCUGUUCCCAUAGUGGAAGAUGUUACUACAUAUGAUUAUAUGAUUAUGUAAUCUUUUCGAUGAGUUUGUAUGACAUGUAAGAUUUUGCCUAUCAAAUACAAUUUUGUAGGGAAAUAAGGGCAUAAGCAUCUAUCAUCUAUGAUUAUGAUAUCAUAGUCCUUUUCUUUAAAAUUAAGGAAACUUUCAACUCUUUAAA